CCAGUUUCCUACAGUCUCCUAAUUGGGAUUUUAUCAUAAGGAAAUAGUUGAUAUAAGCACAGAUAUCAGAAUCACCGAAGAAAAACGGUCAGUGCACAUAACGUGCUUUGUCGUUCUUUAAUUUCAAGACGAUUUUCUAGAAAAUGAGGAUCUUGAUAACCAUUGGCCUGUUCUUAUCGGCAAUGGGCGUGGUCCAAUGUAUCGAUAGCAGACUAAAGACCAUCCCCGACAAGUAUAUCGUGGUCCUCAAUGAUGGCGAGGAAUUGGACUCUUUGCUCAACCAAAUAGAGCAAAAUAUGGUUCCUCUCUCGGGCAAGUUUUCUGUGUUUAGGAAAUAUCGCAAAGCACUGAAUGGAUUCGCUGUUGAGAUGUCAGAAGACGUCGCUCAAAGGGUACUCGAAUUACCCGCUGUAAAGUACAUCGAACAGGAUUCAAUCGCAAUCGUUGAUGUCGCUUCUUCGUCGUGGGGACUUGACCGCAUCGACCAGCAUAACCUUCCCCUCGAUAACAAUUUCAACAUCGAAGGUGAUGGUGAGGGUGUGACUGUUUACGUGUUGGAUACUGGAGUUCGAGAUACUCAUGAUGAGUUCGGAGGUCGAGUGAGUCACGGUGGAGAUUACGUCGGAGACGGAUGGAACAACAUAGAUUGUCAUGGACACGGAACACAUUGUGCAGGUACUGCAGCGGGGGGUAUCCAUGGCAUUGCCAGGAAAGCUGAUAUCGUAUCCAUCAGGUUGUUCGACUGCGCCGGCAGGGGUUCGACAUCCGCCAUGAUUGCAGGCAUUGAUGAAGUAACUGAAACUGCAGUCCACCCCGCCGUCAUGUCAAUGUCGUUUGGGUCUCUGAGAAAUCAGGCAGUUGACGACGCUGUCGCUCGGGCCGUCGACGUCGGAAUCGUUGCCGUAGCUGCAGCUGGUAACGACAACACCGAGGCCUGUUUGUAUUCCCCUGCAGGAGAACCUAAGGCAAUCACUGUUGGCGCUACUGAUAUUGCUGACCACAGGGCGAGUUUCUCUAAUUUUGGCUCUUGUUUAGAUAUUUACGCUCCCGGUGUUGACAUCAUCAGCUCUUCGCCUGCCUCUGAUAGUGCCAUUGCUAUAUGGAGUGGUACCAGUAUGGCUGCACCUCACGUUGCCGGUGCUGCCGCCGUUCAUCUCGGUAAUGGAGUUCCUCCCACAGAAGUCCUUACCCAUCUCCUUCAAGAUGCUACUAAAAAUGUCAUCCACAACAACGAACUCUCUCCUAAUAGACUUCUUUAUCUGAACUAAAGGAAAUGAUAUUCAAGUUGGAAGCAAGAACAGAUGAUGCACAGUAAUUCAAUACUUCAAUGUA